AUGACGGCUCUCGAAUCCCCUACGGUGUCCUUACCCAAGUCCGGUCUUGUCGUCAAAAUGGAGGACCGCAAGCGACUUGCCACUCAGGAUCCUGGUGACUCGGCCCCUCCGCUGAAGAAACAGGCUACCACAGUGAAUGGUGGAGCGAAGUCGCACCCUGACACUGAUAUGCCAUGGCGCGAUGAUCUUGAGCGCUACCAAAAGGACGCCAUCUGGAGACAGAUGCAAGAAUAUAAACGCGAGAAAACAACACUCGAAUCCCGGAUAAAGGAUCUAUCUAAGAAGAUGGCGUACAAUGAAGAGCAUGUCAGCGUUCUCGAUGCAUGGCUUAAACAGUUAAUUGACGAAGUCAAAGUUAUAUCGUCUUCAGUAGACGAAACGUCUGAAGACAACCCCACAUUCCAGACAUCCUUGCUUUUCACAGGCCACGAACUGUUCGAGAAGCAUCUGCAAGACCGUGCAUCCGAAAUUAAAGAUUCGAUAUCUCGUCUAUAUUCGCAAACGGUGAAGGUGACUCCAGAUAUUACAAACCUGCAAUCCAAACUGGCGAAGAAACUCGCAGAUGAAAAGACUAUCAAUGUCGCCAUCGAGAAAGCGAUCGCGGAAAAACAACAACUUGAGGAACGACUGGAGGCUGCAUCACUGAGAUAUAUGGUGGCUGAGAAGAAGAUAGAUCGAGCCAAGAGUCUAACUGUUGCAAGACUUGAGAAACAACACAUCCUCGGUCCCCAUAAAUCAGGCGAUACAUCUACAAAACGAGAGGAAGGGUCAAGCACUAAUGGGACGACCGAUAACCCGGAAAAGGCGACUGAAAUGGAAAUGCUGUAUAACACCACACUUGCAGUAUCCAACAAGCAAAAAGAACAGCUUGAAAAGCUAGAAACGGACAAUUCCAAGCUACUGUCGCAGAUAACCGAGCUCCAUGUUAAGCUUUCAAAACUUUCUGAUGAAGAUUAUGCCCAUUGCGAUUUGUUUAAACAAUUAAAAUCCCAACACGAAGACGUCAUUCAACGAAUCAACCAUUUAGAAGCCACCAAUAUCCAGUUGCGCGAGGAAGCUGAGAAAUUACAAGCCGAACGGACAGCAUAUCGGGUUCAAAUUGAGAACGAGGCCCAGACUGCGAUUAGCGAAAAGGAAGCUCAACUGGCGAAAACAGAAACAAAUCUAGCCCGAAUCCGAAAUGCGCGAGACGAGUUACUGGCAGACCAACAGAUUCGCAAGGCCACAGAAGAUCAGGAACGAAUCUCUGUAACCCAAUUAAAGGAGUUGUUGGAAGCCAGGGAAAGCCGGAUUACGUCUUUGGAACAGGAAGUGCAAAGAGUACAGUUGCAAAUCGACGGAGUCAAGAACACCCAACCAAGCACAAGCGAAUUGUCCUCCGAUGAACUCCGGUCCAAGUUCGAUACCCUUGAAAAACAAUAUGAAAUGCUCAAUAUGGAAUUGUCGUCCAUGCAGAUGGCUUUCCGAAAGACGUCAAAACUAGCCUCGCAGAAGAUUGCUGAUACGGUUGCUGCUGAAGAAAAGGUCCAACGCCUGAUGGCUGAAAAAUCCAAGGCAGAUCAGAAGUAUUUUGCAGCCAUGCAAAGCAAAGAAACUCGAGAUGCAGAGCUAAGGUCUCUUCGCCUGCAGAACAUGAAGAGUUCGGAUAUCAUUUCCCAACUUAAGGAGGCUGAGGCGGCGACUAGGUCUCUAGUUUCAAAUGUUGAGAAACAAUUGAGCGAAACCAAGGAAGCUUUGAAUACUUUGACGAAUCAGUACCGCACAUCCCAACACCAAGUCAACGAAGCCACCAUUGUUAUCCAGGGGUUGAAAUCACAAGUCGCUGAGUUAAAGAACCAGCUAGCCACCAAGGAUGCAUCACUCACGACAGCCAUGAAUUCCUGCCGAAAAGCAGAGAGUGAAACUGAAGGCCUCAAGGUCACCCUUUCUGAUACCAAGAAGAGCCUGGAGUCAUGGAAGAGCCGUGGCUUGGGAAAUAACACUUCCGAAUAUGAGAUGCUCAGGUCUCUUGCACUUUGCACAGUUUGUCGACGAAAUUUCAAGAACACGGUCAUCAAGACCUGUGGCCACGUCUUCUGUAAAGAAUGCGUCGAAGAGCGGUUGACCUCCAGGUCUCGCAAGUGCCCUAACUGCAGCAAAUCUUUCGGAAGCAAUGACCACAUGCACAUCACCCUUUAA